UAGAAUCGGAGCAGUGUUAAAAAAGUGUCUUGGUUUUCUGGAUCCUAUAAGGAAGUCAACUCAAAUGACCACUGCAUAUCAGGUAUCUUUUCCGUGUUGAAGAUAAGGCUGAUGGGAGGGAUAAACACAGAAAGGGACCAAAAAAAUUGAAAGAAAGAGAGAAAGAGAGAGAGAGAGAGAGAGAGAGAGAGAGAGAGAGAGCACAGGUGUGCACCGAGAAGAGAAAAGAAAGGUGCUGAGUUUUGCCCGAGACGCCUUUAACCAUUCAACUUUCUUCAGUGCAGCACUAAAAGCAUGAGGGAAAAUAAUUCAGUGACACUCUUCUCACAUUCAGAAUACUUCGGACUCUGAAGAAGUCUCUAUACCCUUAAGUCAGCAAGCCAGACGUGGCAAAUUCAGAAAACCAAUGUCAGCCCCAAAGCCACAAGGGAAUAAAUGUGCUUUAAAUAAAAAAGUCCUCAUCACCAUCGCUUCUGUAGUGGUCAUUCUGGGAAUCUUAGCAGUGUCUGGAUAUUUAAUCGCCCAACUCAUUCUAAGUAAAUACUUCUUCUGCUCCCACUCACUGAAAUUCAUUCCCCUGGAGAAAGCCUGUGAUGGCAAUCCAGACUGUGCAGGAGGAGAAGAUGAGUCUUCAUGUGUCUCCCAUUACACAACCAACUUGACUUUCCCUGUUCGGUUGGCCACGAAUGUCUCUGUGCUUCAGAUAUAUAAUGCUGUUGACAAAAAGUGGCAAAGUGUGUGUGCAGAUGGCUGGACUGUGAAACACUCUACAGCAGUAUGUCAGCAGUUGGGAUACACAAAUAAUCCUUCAUACACUGCAGUCCCACUGACGGAUCUGUCCUCUGACCUAAAGACGUUCUUCUGUGCUAUGGGACCAGAUGAGAAGCAGCCCGUCUGCUCGAGCAUAACAAAUCAGAAAACAUGCACCUCAGGUUCAGUCAUUUCCUUAUCCUGCUCAGACUGUGGGCCGGUUGGGCAUGACAGCAGGAUUGUAGGAGGAAAAAAUGCACUCAUAGAGAACUGGCCAUGGCAGGUGAGCCUGCAGCGGAAUGGACAGCACACAUGUGGAGGCUCAUUGCUGUCUCCAACCUGGAUUAUCACAGCCGCACACUGCUUUACAGGGAGGCCUGAGGUGAGCAGAUGGUGGGUGGUAGCAGGUCAUACAUACAUGACUACACUAGGUGGCUCUGCUGUGGAUAAAAUUAUUGUUCAUCAAGACUACAACUCAGAACCCAAUGAUUAUGACUUGGCAAUGAUGAGACUCACGAAACCACUCACUCUAGGAGCCACGGUAAAGCCGGUGUGCCUCCCACCUUAUGGUCUUGGGCUCACAGGAGGAGCCCCUCUGGUCGUAACUGGCUGGGGAUAUCAGAAAGAAAAUGGCCAGCUGUCUUCAAAUCUCCAGGAGGCUGAUAUUCUUCUAAUAGACCAAAAUCUGUGUUCUAGUCCUGCAGUUUAUGGUACUAGCAUCACUGAGAGAAUGGUCUGUGCGGGGAAUAUGCAGGGUAAAGUGGACGCAUGCCAGGGUGACAGUGGGGGUCCUCUGGUGUAUCUUAAUGAACGCUGGGUGUUGGUAGGAGUGGUGAGUUGGGGUGCAGGUUGUGCCAGACCAGGCCUACCUGGUGUUUACUCCAAUGUGGAUCAGAUGCUCAACUGGGUCUACACGGUCAUGCAGAAAAUGUCUUGAGCCAAUGAGGACAAGAGGACAUCAAUAUAUUAGCACAAAUACAACCAUUAUGCCAAUGCAAACUAUACAAACUGUUUUAACUUGAAGUGAACCAGCUGUGGAUGCCCUUGUGCACAAGCAGUGAUCUCACUCAAUCUUACUCAAGGAUCGGACAUCUGUAUGUAUUCAGGAUUUAAUCUUUGUUGUGCAAUUCAUAAGUGAACUUCUCAGGGAUUCUUGUCAUUUAUGUCAUUAUUUUAGCCAAGAUAUUUUUAACUGCAACUAAUUAUAAGACUUGAAUAAUGUUAACAUUUAAAUUACUUAUAAUCAAUGGGCAGAACAAAUACACAGGUGAAUGUCAAUGAAUGGCAUUUACUUGUAAACAACAAACAUGAUACAUAACGUAUAAAUAGAGAUUAUUAUUCACAUGUAUUGGGUUGGGGUUUCUUCAUUUGCACUUUUAUGAGCAGUAAAUUGUAGGAAUUAGUGGAUUUAUAUAUAUAUAUAUAUAUAUAUAUAUAUAUAUAUAGAUUAUAUUGUGGUUAAAAACUGGUUAUGGAUAUGUGAUCUCAUUGAUGCCAAUAUCGAGCAAAAAAUGCAUAUUAUGCAUAUUUUGUAUUUAAUACUACACUAUUUGGUAUUAGUAUAUUUAAAUUUGUAUUUAAGAUUUUCAGAAAAUGUACUGUACUGUGAUGUUCCAAAGUAGAAAAAUAAUUUUGCUUGCCAAAAGAUCAAACCGUGUUUUGAAUGUAAGUUUUAUAUAUUUUCUUCUUUUUAUUGAAAAAUACUAUUAAUGGUGUGCGACUGGAAUUAUUAUUUUUAUUUUUUAUACAUAUUGUAAAAUUGAGGCUGCUUUUUAAAAAUGUUUUGUACAUAUGUAAAAAAAAAAAAAAAAAAAAAAAAAGACGUUGUAAAUGCUGUCUUUAAUAAAUUAUGGAAUGUGA